AUCACAAAACAAAAUCUAAAAAUUUGUUUCAUAAAAAUUAACCUAAACGAUUUUCGUCGUUGAGCAGCAAAAUUCAUUGUUUUUUUUUUUUGGCAAACAAAGAAGAAUACAAUCUAAUAAAGUUCAGAAGGUCCGUAAGUGUUAUUCUUGAUCUGAAAGAGGGAAAAAUGUUCUGUGAAGAAGUAGCCAUGGAACUGCUAAACCCAGAGGUCAACUAUAAGCCAGAAGUUAAAAUAAGAACGCAGCCGAAGCCAAAAUGGAAAGCUGAGUUGGUGAUCAGCGAUAAGCGAAAGGGAACAUCGGCGGUUGAUCCUUAUGCAGAGGUUAAGGAGCAUAUUCGACAGCCUAACCGCAUGGUGAAACCGCAAACUAAAGAAGUUAUGCCCGAAGAUAAGGCGAAGGUUGAACCGCAACCGAAAUACAAGCUUUUUUUAGUAACCAAUCCGAAAGUUAUGCUGGAUGCCAGCACAAAGGUUGUAGAUCAGACACCUAAAACUAGAAUGCCUAAUCAGGAAACUAAACUAAAGCAAGAAAGUAAUCAAGAGACGGAAGUAAUCUUAGCAUUGCCGUUUAGAUUCAAGGCUGCGGUACGGACUGUACGAGAGGCUAAAGAGAUCAUCAGAGAGGCAAAGUCUAAAGAUAUACCAGUAGUUGUGAGGGAGGUAAAGGUAGUUAACAAUCUUAAGUCAGGGAUUAAGAUUGAAUCAGAAGGUGAGCCUGUAUCUAGGCUUCAGCAUGAACCAGAAGUUAUAAAGCUAAGAAAACCAGAUGGGAAUAUAUUAAAGUCUAAGGAGCACGUUGUUAUCUCUCAACCGGAACAGAAGAGUAAAUUAGAAGAUAAACUAUACCUAGAAUCUAAGUCUAUCUUUCAGUCUCUUGGCAAAUCAGUGGAUGAACAGAAGUCACAGUACAAGACAAAGUUUAUAAGGCAGACUGAGGUUGAUAACCCCAAGAAAGAGACUAAGAUUGAAACAGAAGGUAAACCAAAUCUAAAGAUGAUAAGUAUACCCCAGAAUAUUCCACGUACUAAGGAGGCAGUAAUCUCUUAUCUCAGGAAUAAAUCUCAAUUUGUAGCGGAACCCAAUCUGGAAACUAUGUCUAUAUCGCCGACUUCAGGCAAAUCAGGGAAAGAUCAUAAGCUGAAGGAUGUAAUUAAGGCAGGGGGCGAUGUAAAGGCUGAACUUUAUGUUAAUAGAAGUUAUCCAGAAACUAUGUCAGAGUUUAAAAGGCACACUGAUAAGGCUGAUAUACCUAAGCCAGAGACUAAGACUGAUUUAAAAGAUAAAUCAAAUCUUCAGAUCAUAUCUGAAUUCAAAGAUAUACUAGAAGUUAUAUUGCAAAGCCAACAAGAGGUCAGACUACAUACUAAAGAGUCUGUCAUCUGUAAGCCUGAGAAGAAACCUAAACUAGUAACUGAACUAAAUCUGCAAACUUUGACCCUGUUACCAAUCUCUAUAAUGCCACGGGAGAAAAUCUGUGUAGAGGUUGCGGUACAAACCGAUAGUGAUUACGCUUUUUCCAAUGCAGAUGUUAUAUCAGAAGUUAAGAGGCAAACCAAUGAGGCUAACUUAAGAAGUGAGUGGAUAUUAGAAGAUAUAGAAGAAGGAUUAUGGCAAGAAUAUAAAGAUAAAGCCAAGAUCAAGUCUAUAUUCCAGCCAUCUUUCCAUUUAAUAGAUGAAAUUCAAGCCAAGGAUAAAUUCAACUCAGAUGUCACGAAGAAGGGGUAUUCCUAUGAAGACUUAGUUAAGCAGCAGCAUAAAGAGGUUGUGAUGUCUAAAUUAGACAAUAAAUCCAAACUCAAAGCUAAGCUAAGUGCAGAGAUGCUGUCAAUAAACCAGAAAGUAACCAAGGCAUUUGAGGAGUUUAAGUUCCUGAAUGAAAGUACCCAUUUUUAUGACUAUAAACUUCAGUUAGGAGGAAUGUCAGAAGUUAUAAGGCCAACAUAUGGGACUAAAUCAAAGCCCAGAGCUGUCGAAGAGGUGAUUUUUAGAACCAAGACUAUAUCGGAAUUUAUAUCGCUAAGCAGAUCUGAUUUUACUAGGUCUUCUAGGGAGUUUAUUCCUGAGCAAUAUAGAGAAGCUGAAAGCAAACCCAUAAUGCCGGUUAUACAGAAGCCAAUGCUACGUAAAUCGAAGAACUUUUGUGAGAAAAAACGGAAGACUCAAGACGUAAGGGACGAUUUGUAUAAUAAUAAACAUAAAUCUAAAGAUAUAGGACAGACUUAUAUCUCCAAAUCCAAUGCUAGCUCUAGCAAAGAUCUGAUAUUUAACCACAAUAAUAAACCAGAUGGUAUGCCACAAAGCAAAUCUGAAGUUAAAAAGCAAACUAAACAGCCCGAUGACACCUCACCUGUAGAUGAAGAGCUCAAACGUAAAGCAAUGUCCGUAAAAUUCUCAGAUUUGGUUGCUAAAUACUCAAAGCCACGGGAGCCCAAGAAAAAACUUCCCAUCCAUGAUUAUCCAACCUACUUUGCUAGCGGGAACAAAACAAGGACAACUGAUGAAAUGAUAGAGGAUUGGGAACGUUAUAAGAUUGUACGUCAGGCAAACAGGGAAGAUGAUGAGAGAUUCCUUCGCGAAUGCCAGGAUUACAAGAACGAUAUGAGAAUUGUGAAUGAGAAGCUACGACAGAUGAGCGAACUGCUCGAUAAGAGUCUAUCCCACGAUUAAAAAUACAUUUGUUUCGGUGGGUCUUCGGUUGGAGGGACUUCGGAAGACCAGAUGUUCAGCACCAGGUCAUUCCCACAUAGUCCAGUUUUUGGGGUCUCAAUAUUUGAUGUGAGACCAUGGAGGACUGAUGGCUGGGUGCUGGUCAGUUGCCAAACUUCUUUGCGGUUAAAACGCAAUGUGUUAAGUCUCCCAUCGGAAGGGUUAUGACCUGGUUUGAUUGGGAAAUAUGAUCGAUAUUUGGUUUUUAAAAGGAUAAGACUUGGUUCUUGUGAAGAAAGGAAAAGAAUGAGGAAAUACUCUGCACUGCAAGGCAAUUUUGAUAAUAUAUUUUUAUAUAUUCUUCAUAAUAAAAAGAACACUAAAGAAAAAGCUA